AUGUACAUGACAAUUACAAUGUUUAAUGCAAUCGCUGUUAUUAGAGAUGAAGAAGUAGUUGGCCACAUGCCACGGGCACUAGCGAGCUCAAAGCAAGGCACAGGGAUUGUUAGACAUUUCUUAACAAAACCUGAAAGCAAGGGAACUGUUAAAGCUGAAGGAAAAGCUGUUAACCGAGGCGGUGGAUAUGGCAUGGAAGUCCCUUGCGUUUACAGAUUUACGGGGCAGCAGAAAUACGUUGAAAUGCUAAGAAACCUACUGGACCUUGAGAACAAUCUUUCUGUAAGAAAUGUUCACAAAACAGACGAAACCUUAAAGAGAGCCAAGGAGCAGGAAGGUAGCCGCGUGAAAAAAACCAAACUGUAUUAA